AUGAAUUUUACAACUAAAAGAAAAAGAGAAGAUAUUGAACCAGAUUCUAAAAAAACUAAAAAUUAUAUAAAUGAUGAACAAAAAGAGUUAUAUACUACAUCAAAUGAAUGGCCCGUUUAUCAACAUCCAGAUGGUGGGAUAAUAAAGAUAACUCCUUGGGGGAUAUUACGUCAGGUUAAAGAUGAAAAAACUGGAGAAUAUAAGACUAAUUUUGAAGAUCAAAGUUUUGGAGACGUGAUAUUUCAACUGGAGAAUUCCAAUGAAAUAUACCAUAAUAAUAUCCCAACCACUCCACAAUCAUUAUACCAAGAUAAAUCUCCGAGUGAUGGAAUUAAAUUAAGUCCAAGUGAUGAAGCUGAAUUAUACGUAAUGGAUGGGUAUCAACAGCAACAGUAUCAAACAGAACAAGAGCAUUAUUUAGGAAUGGAAGAUGAAGAAAUGAAUUAA